CUUUCUUUAUCCUCUCUUUAAUUUUUUCCGUAUUCUAGUCAACAACAUCUUUUAAAACUACAUGUACGGAAACUAUAGCAGCAGCAAAGACUGGCGCCGUUCCGAUCCUAAUAUCCGCCCGAGCAGUGUGGCCAUGUCGUACAGUCAAUCACCUAACCCUACGAAAACAGCAACCGCCGACGAAUUCAAGCUUUCUCGCCGUCCUGUACCUGCUGGUAAAUCCGUAGCAGCAUUGCAACAGCAGCAUCAAUGGCUGAUGCAAAAGUCCAGUGAAGGGCCCAGUCCGUCGGGUUCCGUCCGGAGCUCGCAUAGUUCGGCUCACAGCAGCAAUAGCAGUAUCCAAAGCGGAUCCACGGGCCGUUCAUCAUCCCCGCUUGUGAUACAGCGAUUUGCUUCCCCUUCUCACCAAGAAUCCGAUGAUGAGGAAGAGCAAGAACAGCGUAUGGAAGACGGAGGAAAUAGUGGAAUGACGGCGCAGCCCCAUCCUGCUUCGAUUCGAACAGAUCAACUGUCUACGUCCGGAGCAUCCAUCAAGAGCCCGCAAGCCCCGCCGCGAAGACGUUUGAGUACAGGAGGAGCAAGCCAAGAGGGCAAGGUUGCACGCGAAGGAUGGGUGUAUCGGAAGAACGGACUCAUGCAAUGGAAACAAGUGUAUGCUGUUGCAAAACAUGGAAAUUCCAUCAAGCCAGGUGGUCUGUAUCUCUACAAGGAUGACAAGUUCUCGAGUCAUAUCCAGACAUUCGACAUGAGCGAGGCCGUCGAAGUAGAGCCACGAGCUCAAGAAUACCGGGCCGGCAUCAAAUGGGAAUUCCGUAUUCUUGUGAAACGCGACGACGUGAUCCUAGCUACCGACGAUAUUGCCACACGUAAAGCAUGGAUCGAUGCGCUGACAUCGAUUAUGGGUAAAGUAUCGAUGGCUACGCAUACCGAGCUGCAAUCACGCAUCGUUAGCGCUGACCAAGUCAACCGGGAGCUGCAGUCCGCCGUCGACAGCUUACAAUCCGAAAAUGAUCAAUUGCAUAAUCAAAUAAGUGCCUUGCAAAGAGAUGCUCAUCGACGCCAAGGAGAGCACAGUGUACGUGAGAAAGAAAUGGCAAAUGACCUGGAUGAUAUGCAGCAGGCGAUGGAUACUCGGUGUGAACUUCUGGAAGGGGAGCUGAACGUAUGGCGGACGAAAGCAAAUGGAUUGGAGAAAGAGUUGCAGCGCGCUAAGAAAUCGCACGAGGAAGAUAUGGAAGAGCAGCAAAAAAUGUAUACGGAUGCCAUUGCGCAACACAAGAUGGAAGUGGCUGAGUGGCGUGCGCGUGUGGAGGUGCUGGAGAAACAGGGCAAGCAGCAUCAACAACAACAACAGCAGCAGCAGCAGCACGCAUACUACCAUCACCAGUCCAAGCGCAAGCCGUCGACACGUAGCAGCAACCAUAGACGACGUCGAAGACGGGACGACGAUUACACCAGCUCCUCCAGUGACAAUGAUGAGGAGGAUAAAAAUAAUCAAGAGUCAUCUAUCAAGAACACCGUUGCCCAGGUCCGGUACAACUUGCACGCGCUUCGCGAAGAGAUCAAGAGCGAAUCCGGUCCACUUGUCCAGAGCCAUAUUGUCGAAAUAAAAGCAGGGGUAAACAAGCUCAAUGAUGCACUUGGUGAAGCACGCAAGGGAUGGACCGACCUGCAAAUCGAUAUGAUGCGGUUCUUUGAAGACAACAAUAAGAGUCAACACGAUGGUAACGCUGACGCGGUCGAAAAGCUGAACGCACAAGUUAUGGCCUUGCGACAUGAGUUGAGUGGCGAUGAUGACGACAACGAACAAGAGCUUAGCGACUUUAAAGACAAUGACAGCAACAGCAACAAAAAGAUUACAUUUGCAGGAAAAUUCGAUGUGAUGAUGCAAAUGGUUGAAAUGGUUCAGCUUUCGCAGAACCGAUUGAUGACAUGUUACCUGGAGCAAGCCGAAGACGAGAACAAGGCUGUUCAUAUCGAUAAAGCAAGAAUGGAAGCCGUCCAAUCCAUGUUGGAAGAACUGCAAGACAAACUGAUGACAACCAAUAAUAAGGAAAGCGACGAUUCUUCUUCGACCGAAUCCCAAAAACAAUUACGUGAUGCUAUUGCAAUGCAAUUAGAAUCCAUCAUGCAAGGACAGCAGAGCCAGUCUACAGAAAUUUUAACCAAGCUUGACGAGUACAUGACCAACCAUCAACAAACUAUUAUUGAAGCCGUGGAAAAGAGCACAGACGAGAUGCAGACACGUGGUCAGGAAGAACAUGAUAAGAACCUCAAAGUUCUUGGACAGCUUCUGCAACAUGUCAUCACGCAGAUAGAAGCAAGCAGCAUUCCUGAUUUGCCGGCUUUGUCCGAUCAAUUGGAACAAACUGUCGAGAGACUUUCUGUUAUGGCAGACCGACUGUACAAGAAGCCCAUCCCGCGAGCUACAGAUAAUAACGCUGAAAGUGGCGAAGAUGAAAAGAGCACAGCACUUCAUAAUGGAGCACCAAGCACCAGUCGCAACAACAGCAGCAGCAGCAAUCAACAGGAGCAGCAGCAGACGUUACAAGAGAUUCAAGAGCUUGUAAUGGGGACGCAGAGCUUCAUUGAACGUACACUACGAGUGCUGGAUCGAUACGACAAUACGGGAAUGGAAGAAACCGUUCGACGAGCCGUCAAAAGUGCAUUCAACAGCCAUCUGGAUGUGCAUUGGGAACAACAGAAAAAGAGCGACGACAAGGAUGAAAAACUAAUGAAACGAUACGAGGAAAACGCACGAACACAUUUUGAUAAGUCCAUGUCGAGCAUGCGAGAGCACUUGGAGGAAUAUACGGGCGUCAUGUACCGCAUGAUUGAAGAUCUUGUUCUACGCGCUGUCGAGCAUUUGGAACAGCAAGGAGGCGUUAGCAACAGAGAUAAUAGCGAUAAAGCAAGCGGGGCUACAACAGAGCAACACAAUCGAGCAGCAGCAACAGCACAAGAAACGGAUUAUUUGAUCGAACUACAUACCAAGUUAUCAACCACAAAGGACAAACUGGAAGCCGAAAUCGAAAGACUUCAGGAGGAGCUCCAGAGCUUAGAAGUACAAGUCGGUGGGCUCAAGAAGACAAGGAAAGAAUUAGAUAAGGAGCUCGAGGAAAAAAGGAUGGCACUGCAUGCAGUCAAGGUCGAACACGAGACGUUACUGCAAAAUAAUUUAAUUGAGCCUGCCACAGCAGCCUUAACACGAGAAUUGGAGCCGUUGGUACAUCAAAUAACACGAUUAAAGCAGCUCGCCUCGUUCCAUGCGGCAGAGGAUGACGCGUCUUCGUCGUCGGGCGGUUAUGUGGAUUUGGGCCAUCUUUCCCAGCAACAACAGCAGCAAUACCAUUCUCAAUAUACAAACAAGUCUCCUUCACCUCCUUCCAAUACGGACUUUCGCGGCAGCAGUGCCACAUCAGCAAACACAACAGCAUUACAUGCACCACGGCAGUUUAUGAAUGAACGACGAAGCUCCUUUGACGGCUCAUCAUCAGCAUCUAGCGGCUGGAAAGCAUCCUCGCAACAGCCUCCAUCCUCGUCAUCGCAUGCGUUGAAUGGUGGCCGACCACGCGCUACGUCGCCACUAGGUGUUUUCUUGGGUAGAAAAUCAUGAACAUUAUUUCAAUAAAAGGAAAAGCAUGUGGCGUAGAAAUUUAAUUCGAGGGGAAACGAGGAACUUGAAAGAGGC